UGGCGAUCGUGGGCGGCACCCCCUCUGCCCUGCCGAAUCCGACCCGCCACGAGCCCGCCAUGUGGGUGGUUCCAACGCCCACGGACAUCACGCCGUCCGCCUACUGGGAGGCUCUCAAAGAAAACGAGCUCUUCAUACUGCAGAAGCUCAAGGAGCAGUCAAACGGAGCCCUGUGGAAAUCGGUCUUAUCGACCAUCCAGAAUGUGUUCGACACCAAGCAGCCUCCGUUCCGAAUCAUCCUUCGGAGUGCUGAGAGUAGCGACACUGGCUAUCUUGUAGCCACGGCCGACACGCUGAAGCUUAUCGAGCAAGAUUGGGCCUGGGUCGUUGCUACGCUCAUGCCCGAGCUUGCUGAGCUCGAGGAUCCUCUCGACAAGGAAGCCUUUGCUGUCUCCAAGUUCCAGUCACUCAUCACAAACACAGAGCAAGACACGGACGAAAAAUCAACCGAUGCCAAGUUCCGGGCAGCCUCGAGGGCUUGGCGGCAAACCUUCCGUCUGCCGGAAUCCGAGCGCUUGGUCAACUUCUAUUCAUGUGCGUACCACAAGAAGCUGACCAACCAAGGCUGGAUGUACGUCUCCAUGUCCUACAUUUGCUUCUACUCGUUCAUCUUUGGGGUUGAAACCAAGGUUGUUAUUGAGCUCAAGAGCAUCGAGGAGCUAUCGAAAGAUACCUCAAGGCGGGGUGUCUUUUCUGACGCCAUCAAGAUUGUGACCAAGAACAAACAGGAGCACUAUUUCUCCAAUCUUUUCAACCGCGAUGAAACCUUUGAACUGCUUGAGCAUGUGACCAAUCUUGCCAUGCACCGUCUUCUCAAGAGCACUACAACCGAUCCUGCCCCUGGAUUAUCCUGGGAAGCUGCCGAUGACAGCUCGCAGCUGCUACCAUCCAAUAUGGGCGCCCCUCCCGGCUCAUCGCAGCCUUUGAAGCAGAGCCUCAGUGCCCAAAAGCGCAACCAAAAGUUCCAGGCUAUGUUUAAUCUUCCGCCAGAUGAGCAGCUGCUUUCAGAAAUUCAGGGUAGCUGCACGAUCCCAGGAGUUCAAACUACGCUUUCAGGCCAGAUCUACCUUUCGGAAAUGUUCUUGUGCUUCCAAACCACGACCAAAAACCAGUGCCAGCUCGUCAUCCCUUUCUACGCAAUCAAGCGAGUCGAGCGCAUCAGCUCACAGACCUCGACGAUUGCAAUCACCCUUUGGCAUAAGCUCAAGCUUCUCUUCCAGAUGGCCAGCGACAAGAAAAGCUCGGACGCCUUCUGCGACAUCCUCAAGGAGAAGCUCCAGUAUCAUGUCCAUCUCAUGAAGCUCCUGAAGCCCUUUUUGCUCACAUGUUCUUCCGAGGAUCUGAUCAACAAUCGCGAGAUUGUCCGUGGUGGCCUUGGUCUCAAAUUUGGCUACGUCGAGCUGAAAAAGGUCAAGGAACGGAACAAGAUCAAAUUCUGGCUCGCAUACUUCAAUGAGUUCGGCCGCAAUUUGACCCUCAUCCGCCUUCCGACGUUCAUCAAGUUGGUUCGGGUCGGACUUCCCAAUACACUCCGAGGCGAAAUCUGGGAGGUCUCGAGUGGAGCAAUCUACAAAAGAUAUAUCAACAAUGGCUACUACGAGCGCCUGCACGAAGAAAAUGCCGGGCGAACAUCCAUUUCGACGGAAGAGAUUGAGAAGGACUUGAACAGGAGUCUACCCGAGUACAGUGGGUACCAAAAUGAGGAAGGAAUCAGCGCCCUGCGUCGAACGCUCUAUGCGUACUCGUUCCACGACCCCGAACUUGGAUACUGUCAAGCUAUGAACAUUGUCGCCAGUGUGCUUCUCAUCUAUUUGACCGAGGAGCAGGCGUUCUGGGUUCUCACGGUGCUUUGCGAUAGCUUUUUGCCUGGGUACUAUAGCGUCAACAUGGUCGGCGCCGUGGUCGACAAUCAGGUGUUCGAAACACUGGCUGCAAAGUACAUGCCAAUGCUUGCCCAGCAUUUGAAAAAGUACGAGAUUCAACUCUCGGUGGCGUGUCUGCCCUGGUUCUUGAGCCUGUACAUCAACUCGCUCCCGCUCCCGUUCGUACUGAGGAUCCUGGAUUGCUUUUUCAUGGAAGGUCCCAAGGUUCUCUUCCAGAUCGGCUUGGCUAUCCUCAAGACCAACGGUGAUGCGCUCCUCAAAGCUCGCGACGAAGGGGAACUCAUCAAUGUGUUCAAAGGCUACUUUGCUCAGCUUGGCGAAGUCGUGGCAUCAUCCGACGGAUCCGCAAAGUCGAUGACCAAGUUCAGCCACCUGAUACAGACGGCGUACCGAGAGUUCCAGAUGAUCACCCAUGACAUGAUCGUCGAUCUUCGCAAGACCCAUCACCUCAAAGUCGUUCACGGGUUGGAUCUCUACGCCAAGCGGAGUGUCAUUCGCAAUCUCAACUCGACCUCCAGAUUCACCAAGGACGAACUCCUGUUUUUGUGUGAUCAGUACUAUUCCAUCCAGUACUACGAGACACAGCAAUCUCAAAAAUCGAGCGAUCGUCUUGAUCCUAAUCAGUUUUGCCAGUACCUCGGUCAGGUCGCCGCCUGGGCCGCCAACCUGGAAGAGGCACAGUAUCGCGACCGGCCCCUGGUCGGAAAGGCAUUCAUGACCAGCAUGUUUCACAGGCUUUUCGACCGCAACGGCGAUGGGUUUGUUGAUUUUCAAGAUAUUGUGAUUGGCCUUGGAAAGAUUAUCCACUCGGAUCUGAUGGGGAGGAUCGAUCUGUUCUUUGCGAUCCACGACGACGACGGCGACAAUGUCAUCUCCAAAGAACAAAUCAUCCACCUUUCCGAGUCAUUGCUCUUCCUCUUCCGUCUCGAGGAAGGCGACACUCAUCUCAACUCCGUCUCCAAUCUGCUGAACGUUGCUUUUCAACUCAACGCUGAUGCCGCCAACUCUGAGACACCGCUUUCGGAGACCAACUUCUCGAUUCCCAUUUCGACGUUUCGGGAGCUUAUCUUGGGCGAUACCCUCCUUACGGACUAUUUUGAUACAGGCUUUGCCCAGACCUUUGUCCUCCACGAAACCACAAAGACCACCGUCGAAGUCACUCGGGCGGUAGGAAAGGAAAUGAUGGAGGCUCUGUGGAAGGGUGGUCUCCAGUGGACAACCCGAACCCGGGGCCGUUCGAAGAAAGCCAGAGGCGCAGCGAGCGCUGCCGCUGCUGCAGGCUCAGAGAGCACGGCUGGCUCCAAAGACGCCGAUGCAGCUCCCGCCGCUACAGACGCUACCGACGCUACCGAUGCUCAGAAGCCCGACGCCGCUGGUGAAGGCGAUGAAGACGAAGAAGAGGAAGACGACGAGGACGACGAGGACGAGGAAUAUGAGCACGGCGAUCUGUUUGCAGAGGCCGAGAAACUCAUUGUCGAGAUCAACAGUAGCCCGAUGCCGAGCCGUUCUGCAUCUCCAACGCAGAAGGUGAUUGACAACAUCAACAAUAGCCCUAUGCCGAGCCGACCUUCCAGCCCCACACAGCAAUUCUUGGAAGACAUCAACAGCGCAAGCGUCCCUGCCAAGGAAGAUAAGGACGCGUAGUAGUUGUGUCAGAGUCGGUGCGACUGAUCAUGCGAACGCCCUCGGCCGUGUCGAAGCCAAUCUGCUUUGAGAUCGGAGGCUGUUGGUCUGUUGUCUAAAUAUACUGGUCAUACAAUGAAA